GUCACCACGGUCGCCACGGUUGCCACCGCCGUCACCGCGCCCGCCUGCGCCGAUAAAAGAUAAAACUGCGGGGAGCCAGCGGGAGGGAGGCGCCAGCGCAAGGCGUUGACAGUGACAACGGUGACGCCGGCCGGCCGGGGCGCAGGACCGUGGCGAUGGUGAAGGAGACGCAGUUCUACGACGUCCUGGGCGUGAAACCGAGCGCGGCGCCCGACGAGAUCCGCAGGGCCUACCGGAGGCUGGCGUUGCGCUACCACCCCGACAAGAACCCGAGCGAGGGCGACCGGUUUAAACUCAUAUCCCAGGCCUAUGAAGUGCUUUCAGAUCCAAAGAAAAGGGAGAUUUAUGACCAGGGCGGGGAACAAGCAAUUAAAGAAGGAGGCUUGGGCAGCCCCAGCUUCUCCUCUCCCAUGGACAUCUUUGACAUGUUCUUUGGUGGUGGAGGAAGGAUGGCGAGAGAGAGAAGAGGCAAGAAUGUUGUGCAUCAGUUGUCUGUAACUCUGGAAGAUUUGUAUAAUGGAGUCACCAAGAAAUUGGCCCUCCAGAAAAAUGUAAUUUGUGAGAAAUGUGAAGGUGUCGGUGGAAAGAAGGACUCUGUGGAGAAAUGCCCACUGUGCAAGGGACAGGGGAUGCAGAUCCAUAUCCAGCAGAUCGGGCCAGGCAUGGUGCAGCAGAUCCAGACUGUGUGUGUGGAAUGUAAGGGCCAGGGCGAGCGCAUCAACCCCAAGGACCGGUGUGAAAACUGCAACGGUGCCAAGGUAGUCCGGGAGAAGAAGAUCAUUGAGGUACACGUGGAGAAAGGUAUGAAAGAUGGGCAAAAGAUACUAUUUCAUGGCGAAGGAGACCAGGAGCCUGAGCUGGAACCUGGCAAUAUCAUAAUUGUGCUUGAUCAGAAGGAUCAUAGUGUCUUUCAGAGAAGAGGCCACGACUUGAUCAUGAAAAUGAAAAUUCAGCUCUCUGAAGCUCUUUGUGGCUUCAAGAAGACCAUAAAAACACUGGAUGAUCGAAUCCUUGUUAUCACAUCCAGACCAGGUGAGGUGGUAAAGCAUGGGGACCUGCGAUGUGUGCGCAAUGAGGGGAUGCCUAUCUACAAGGCCCCCCUGGAGAAGGGGAUGCUGGUCAUACAGUUCCUAGUGACUUUCCCUGAGCAGUACUGGCUGUCCCCAGAGAAGCUACCACAGCUGGAAGCCUUGUUGCCCCCUCGGCAGAAGGUGCGGGUCACAGAGGACAUGGAGCAGGCCGAGCUGCAGGAAUUCAGUGCUGGCGAGCAGGGCUGGCGCCCACAGCGCGAUGCCUCCGAGGAGGACGAGGAUGGGCCCCGUGCGGGUGUGCAGUGCCAGGCAGUGUGACACAGGGGCAGUGUAACAUCGGCACAAUGAAAUGGUGUCCUGUAAUGGCUAUGUCUGGGGUGUCCUGUGUGUGUUCAGCGUUCUCCGUGGCUGUCUUUGGAUUUCUUUUGUUUUUCCUUUGGUUCUGAUUUAAGUUAUGCUUGGCUCACAUUUAAAUGUUUUACAUGUAAGUCACAUCAGUCUGCCCAUAGAAUCUAUCUGUCCACACUUUCAGUACCAUCGAGGGAAUGCUGGUGACCAUACUGACAUUUUGUGCUUUUGGUGGCUUUGCUGUUUGUUCAGCUCCUGGUAGCACUUGGCUCAAAGCCACCCCCAGCCCCUUGCAGGCCAGGAGGCACAGUAGGUAUCUCAGCUGUGUCUGCAACUGGUUUCUCACCCCUGUACCCUGGAAGUUGCGGAGGGCCUGCACACAGGGCUGCUGAUAGGCCACUUCUGAGUCCAGGUUCCAGAUAAAUGUCUGCACGGACACAGCACGUGCAUGGGGUUUCACAGUCCUGGUCCACGCCAAGGUCCUACAUGCUUUGCUCGGUGCCCCCAGAUGGUUGUUGUGGACACAGGAGUCUGUACUCACCUCUCCUGGAGAUUCUCUGAACUUCCUGAGUCCUGUGGGAGGACACACCAGUGACCCCGCCCCAGUUCUCUGGUUUUCAUGCUUUCUGUUGGAACCCCUGUAGCCGUAGCCCACCCAAGUGCUUACUUGAAAAUGAAACUCUCCUGUAUCACUGGUGACUUGAAGGACUGGGAAUACCCUACUAUCCUUCCUACAUUCUUCCAGCUGGGCUCUGAAAGGUUAUUCCUUAACUCACAGCCAUAUCCCGAAGGGUGUCCCACUGAGGUCACAUUAUGGGAACAGGCAGGCCGUUCUGGGGCCUCAUCCAUCUGUGUGAACUGCUACCAAAAAGGCUGGUGCAGGGUGUUAGCUGUUGCCUCCUUCCUGGUAGGCAGUCCACACCUGGAAUUAGCAUUACCUUAACUUCAGGCCAUCACUGUUUCUUUCCAGUCAUGAAGAGAAACCACUACCUGUGAGCUGCUGGGUGGGCCCUUGUCUUGUCCAAUGGCACCCAAGUUGAACCCAGAUGGGGACUCCUGGGUGGGCCACAAAGCAGGUCACGGGGUGAGCAGGUGAUAGCACUGCUGGCUGGUGGGAUAUAGCUGCUCUAGUAGAGAGCGCCCACCUGUGCCUAUCUGGACCACUGGUCAGGAGACUGAAAGCCAAUUUCCCAAUCAAGCCCACCUAAAGAUCGACUUGAAAUGGAGCACCCUUCCAGCGUGCCUCUCCUACGCUGUAGCUUCUGACAAAUGAUGGAGAACUACCGUUUAGUUGACAAAUGGAGCAAAAUUAUACCCAGCUCCUUCCUGUCAUGUAAGUGGCCUUCUGUACAGUGUUGCUUCAGAUUUUAUUCCAUCUCUACAUCUGUCACUUUAAAAUUAAAAUGGAGCUGCUAUGAGAGACAA